UAAGGGUCUUCCACUAGUUUCCUCAAUUGAACGCACACUUACGUUUCAAGGUCCUGCGUUAGAUUUAGUCCAUGCUUAUUUUGUUUUCCCUCGAAAAAUAUCCUCGCGUAAUAUAUUUACUGUAGUGUGCGUGUUAUUUUGUGCUUACACGUCAUCAGCGAGUUUAAAUGUUGAUUUGCGGGAUCCCAAGUGCGCCCUCUCAGCACACAUUUCGCUCAAACUGGCCGACAAAUUGCCUUAGUUGAGACCACAAGUGGUCGGACACCAUGACUCGGAUAUUGUGGGAUGCGAUUUUCCUCAUAAGUGGUUCACUGUUUACAAUAGGAGCAGGCCAAAGUACCUUGACAGUCCUCGAAGGCAAAGCUAAGACGACUCUUGACCCUUCAGGAAGCCGUCACGCAACCGCCUUGACGAUUGCUAGUUCCACAUUUUCAUUUGGAACAAAGCCAAGUCGGUCAGACACGACCAUCUUCAUCCCUACCAAGCUAGCGUCGAUUGCGUACGCCUCAGCCAGCAGCUCUGUUGGUGUCUCUACUACAGCGCUGACUGCAACCACAACCACCUCAAACAUCCCUCCAGUGAAAAAGUUCGUGGCAGCGGCUGUCCGCUCUCAUUUCGACGACUGUCCAGACUCCCAUCGUCAUUUCUGCUUUCAUGGAACGUGUCGGUUCCUGAUAUUGGAGGAGACACCUGCAUGCAUAUGCCAUCCCGGCUUUGUCGGGAUGAGAUGUGAGCAUGCAGACCUGCUGGCUGUGGUGGCCACCAACCACCGUCCGCAGACAAUGGCCACCGUGCUGGUGUUGUGUGUGAUCGGCUGUGUCCUCAUCAUUGUGGUGUGCACGCUGUUAAAUUGCUGGUGGAGGCAGGAAUGCCGUAAGAGGAGACGCCCUCAUCACUUCAUCCCUGAAAAGUCUGCUUGCACACAGAAGCACCGAGCACCGUGCUAUCCUCCUGAGAGCGUGGUGUGAGAAGACAACAACGUGGAUCCUCAUCCUGGUGCUUCCUUCAACUGUCAAGUCUCCAAAGAGGCACAAGCGAAGAAGCUGUGACUGAGGGAGGUCUCAAAAUGAAUCAAGGUAGGACGUUCCUUCACAUGGCUUUCCAGUAACAUUGGACUUCCUGCAAGGAGGCAAUAUGGAAAUUCCCUUUAUCCUUGCUCGGAAAUGAAUACUCACCUCGGAGUUGUGAGGACCAAGAGGCUGCCAUACCCGUUUCUUCACAAGAUGUCUUCUUCAAGGACAUGAAUCAUCCUGUGUGGAUUUGGAGGAGAAAAAAAAAAAAGAGGCCUCUGUGGCCACAGGACAAAUCCAAAUUCAUUGAUUUAAAACUCCCAAAUUCCUAUUUAUGACUUUUAUUAACUUUAUGCACUUUUCAUAACUACAAGCACAGAUGAUGCUGACGCUUUAAAUGACAUAUUUAGUGUCUUUUAUUUUUUAAAAAACACUUCACUUGACUGAAUGGGAAAUUGAAUGGAUGAAGACGUCUGUCAGGCAUUUCGUCUAAUGUGAUUCAUCUGAGAGUUGAAUUGUCAGUUUUAUUUGUGGUUCCUGAGCUGACCUGGAAUGUAACCUUUUGUCACGUGUUUUUCAUUGAAAAGCCAGAGAGAAAAAAAAAUCCAAAACACAUUACUUGCUCACACAUUGGGUGGCUAAUAUAAUUUUGGUACCUUAAAUUUUGAUGUCACUUUUCUGCAAUAUUGCGGAUUCUUCCUAAAAUGUGCACUUUUUUUCUUUUGGUGUACUCAUUUAAUUGAAUUCUCUACUUGAGUGGUGUGUUUUGGCCUUGUCUCUAAUAUGAAUUUGAAUAUUUCUAAAGAGAAAAACAAAAUAUAACACCAAUUCCAAAAUUGCUUAAAGGAUUACAAAAUCACAAAUGUUAAACUGACAGAUGGGGAAAAAACAUUUUAAAUGUGGCAGCUUCUAUCAUGAAAUGAUAAUUUUGCGAGGAUGGGGAUGAUACAUUUGCUUCUGUUUACAGCACCUGAUGUUUGCCGUGCAUGUUUUGGUAUGUCUCCUAUCGUGUGCAGCAUUCGUGUGACAGAACACACAGACAUAACUGUUGUAGAUUUAUACACUUUUCCAAUUUAGAAGAGGGUCCAAGUGAUACCUAACAUUUGAUUUGUCACAUCUGGGAUGUCUCAGUUGGUUUGUUACCUCCAUUUGUUUUCAAAUGAACAAUUAAAUUUGCAAAUAUCUGA